CUCUACCUAAUGGUUUAGGGUUCCUCACGGCGCCAAGGCAAAUGGCGCAAAGAGAGCAGCAGAUUCGGGGCUAGGUUUUGCGCGCCAGGGGUGUGGGAUUCGCGUUUCCGCGGCGCGCAGCUAUGGACGGCUAUGGCGACAUGGAUCCCGUCACAGGCGCUGUGAAGCCGGCGAUGAAGUGGAAGGAGGAUAUUUCGCGCAAGUUCCAGGUCUAUCUUGACAAAUCGGCUCCGCAUCUGGCACUGCGAUGGCUCGGCUCGCUCGUCGCGGCUCUAAUCUACUGCACCCGGGUCUACUACCUCAAGGGCUUCUACAUUGUCUCGUACGGAGUGGGUAUCUAUAUCCUCAACCUUCUCAUAGGGUUCUUGUCGCCGCAAGUGGAUCCCGAGAGCGAGGGGCCGAUGCUGCCCACCAAAGGCAGCGACGAGUUUAGACCUUUCAUACGUAUGCUUCCCGAGUUUAAAUUCUGGUAUGCAUUGACAAAGGCGUUCUGCGUCGCCUUUGCCUUGACGUUCUUUUCGAUCUUCGACGUGCCGGUGUUUUGGCCCAUCCUGCUGCUCUACUGGGUGGUGCUCUUCGCUCUUACGAUGAAGCGGCAAAUCAAGCACAUGAUCAAGUAUAAGUAUGUUCCUUUUUCAGUUGGCAAGCAGCGGUACACGGGUAAAAAGCCUGCCGAGAAGGCAAGCUCGUCGAGAGAUUGAUGACGAUUACGAGAACAUGUGGUUAGUUCAUUUACAAGGGGGGCUUCCUGAGCCUUUUCUAGAACUGAUGAGUUGCUCUGGAAGAAAAAAAUAUUCUCUUAACUUUUGGUGUGUGUUGUAAUUCAAAUGCGGUGCUGCUUUCUGCUCC